AUGGCGGCCAAUGACGUUGAUGCGGCCGCAGCCCCAGCUGCAUCGGGUGGCGUUCAGACCGGAAAGGUGAAGUGGUUCAACAGCACCAAGGGCUUCGGGUUCAUCACGCCCAACGACGGCGGCGAGGAUCUCACCAAGGGCUUCGGGUUCAUCACGCCCAACGACGGCGGCGAGGAUCUGUUCGUCCACCAGACGAGCAUCAAGGCGGAAGGCUUCCGCAGCCUCGACGAGAACGAGGACGUCGAAUUCACCAUCGAGACCGCCUCUGACGGCCGCACCAAGGCGAUUAACGUCACCGGGCCCGGCGGCGCGUUCGUGAAGGGCGCGCCGAGGCGGGACAAUUUCGGCGGCGGCGGCGGGUACGGCGGCGGCGGGUAUGGCGGCGGCGGCGGCGGGUACGGCGGAGGCGGGUAUGGUGGCGGAGGCUAUGGGGGCGAUUUCGGCGGUGGGGGAGGAUAUGGGGGUGCGGGCGGGUAUGGCGGGGGGUAUGGCGGAGGCCGUGGGGGUAGGUCCGGGGGAAGAGGCGGGGGUGGUAACUGUUACAGCUGCGGGAUGCCUGGGCACAUGGCGAGGGAUUGCCCCCAGGGUCCGUCUGGUGGCGGAGGUGGUGGGGGAGGAGGGCGUGCCUGCUACACUUGCGGCCAGCCUGGGCAUAUUGCGAGGGACUGCCCCUCGGGCGGGCAGUAG